AUGCACAAUGAACGUCGCAGUUUUAGAUCAAAUCUGGAUUCUAAUAUAGCAGAUACUAUUCGAGUAGUAGCCUGCAAACAAAAUCAAGACUUACGAAUUACUUUCGCUAAUGAUUAUGCGUGUUCAGACAGACCAAGACCUACCGGUAACAAAGUGGCAUAUUCUGCUUCAGGCUCAGGAUUAAGAGAAACUAGUGGUCACAAAAUGCAUCGUCAGGCAGUUACUUCAGCCCACAAAGGACCUCAGCUGAAUAGAAACUAUGGAAAUGAUGCCACUUUUGUCGCAACUCCCCUGGAUUCACAUACUCAAGUCAGUUACGGAUCUGCUAACAGGCGUCCACUAAUUAAUAAAUCAGAAUUUGACUAUCAAAAUAAUCGUCGUUCUACACAUGGCAUGCAUUCCAUAAAUAAGGACCAAGAGCAAUAUAAUCGUGACUUGAUGACUCAGUAUGAGAUAAAUCGGGCCUUGUUUCUGGCUAAUCCACCUCCAUCCGUUUUAGCUAGUCGUAAUCGUGGUCGCGGUAAUAAUAGUAAUAAAGUAAAUGAUAGCCGUCGAAUAGAUAUACAAAAAAAUUCUUUAAAUCAACCUGUACUAAAUGGAUCACGUAUGGAUCGUUCAACAGUUUUUCGGUCGACAUUAGAUCAGCAGCGUAGUGUUUUUCCCUCGAAAUCAAUCAAAGAGCGUGGAUUUCACAAUUUAGAUUCUGAACAUGACGGUCGGGAAGCCUUGUCCAAAAAUUCUCGUGGCCUUACGCGACAUUCGCGAGUUCAUUUUCAAAAUAAUUUUCAUCGUGGACAAGGUUUAAGACAGUACUGGGGUCAUGAUGAUAGAUUUGAAAAUCACGAGAAUACUCCAGGACUCCGUGUUCAAAAUUCUUUUCACAAUGGAGAUUCUAAAAUUCGUCAUCAUUCUGGUGAUGAAUAUAUUGAUGAUUUAACACCAGAGGAUAUUGCGAAGUACAAACUAGAAAUCAAUAUGGAUAAACAACCACGCUCUCUACAUCAUCAUUAUCAACAUCAACACCGACCAAAUCAUCAUUACUACAAUCCUCCCAAUAAUCGUUAUUAUCCACGUCAUCAUAAACAACCUCAAAAGAAUUAUUCGAAUGCUCAUUACACACAAUUAUAUAAUUCAUCUAGGAAAGAGCCAGUUCGUUCAAAUAAUAAAAUACGAGGUUCAUACAGUAGCGGAUACAAUACUAAGCAAUAUCAAACUGACGAGACAUUUAUUGUACCCUCAUUUAUCUAGGCACUUCACUUUCAAUCAUGAUUUUGUUAGUUCGAAUCCCACAUUAUCUCCCAUGGUAAUAGAGUCCUAUAUUUGAAAGUAAUUGUUGCUGAAUUCAUGUUUGUUAAAAUUUAGGUUAUAAUCAUGUAGAUUCUAUCCAUAAGAAAAAAGUUCCAGUGUUGUUCCGAAAUACACCAUAAACUGAUUAACGAAAAAUUAUAGUUAUCCAGGCUGGUUUUGUGUGGUAGCUGUAACUGUAAAAUUUUAACGUGUCAUUAUUGAAUGCAGUUUCAACAUCCUGAAAUAUCUCUUGGGAAGGUGAUAAAAAUCACCACAGUAAAUCGAAGACAUAUGAGGUAGUAAAACAAAUGAAUAUUUAGUUUGUAUUGCAGGUGAUAAAAAACUGAACGGAAACAUUUAUAAUCGUUAUUCUGAACUUAGCAUUUACACAUAGAGCUAAAGAUAAAUACCGCAGUCAGUUAGCAUCUUACUUUGAUUAGCAUUCAUAAAUCUGUAAUGAAUUUGAACACUAAAAUCUGUUGAUGUAGGCUGUGACCCUGAUAAUCUAAUCUGAGUAAAUGGUUUAUUAGCUAAUUUUUUGUGGACUUAUGUGGCAGGACUGAAUAUAGUUGUACUGGAUAAGAUAUUAGAUAAAUAUACAAAACCCUAAUGAGUCAUCCUAAUUCUGUAGGCUACUUUUGUACUGACUAAAAUGACUGACACUUAAAAAUUGCAUACAUGCACACUCCAUUUACAAGUGGUCGAUUGUGUUGAAUGUCUG